AUGACUACCUUCCCAGCUCAUUUGCUCGAAUCUGUUAAGAAAUAUGGCUCCACAGGAAAAGAUUUUGACAAUGUGUGCAAAAAACUAUGUGAAAAAUUGGUUAAUGACGGCCCUUUGAAAUUAGAAGAGUCAAUAUGCAGUCAAGUUUACUGGAAUGUUGCUGCUGGAGUCCUCGUGGAAGCCGCCAGACGUGGGUUAUCAGUCACUGCUCUUGAUGAAUUGUUACCGAAAAAUGACUUAUCACGAGCCAUUGUGAAUGCUUUUGAAGCAAACGAGACAUCGAUUCGAAAAUGCAUGGCAACAAUUGGUUGGGAGCCUCCACGAGUAGUUGAUAUUUCAUGGAAGCUUUCCAAAACUUUAGAAACAGAUAAAGGAAGAAAAGAGAUGACUGUCAGCGAAAUUCAUCUAGAUACAGUUCCUUGUGGCUCCAAUACUUUGAAAAGAAUCUCAUUUUAUUGCACUACUCAUGAUUUACAAAAUAUUUUGUGGAAACUUAAAGAAGGUCAAAAUGCCGUGUUAAAGUCAAAGAACUACACGAAAUGA